GGUACAAUAAAAUGGCUUGUCUUCAAAGAUGGUGGUUUUGAAUUGAAAACAUCUACAGUUUUGCUUUGCUGUCUUCUAGACCAUAUUUUAUACCUGAUAUUAUUACAUAUGGCAAUUAAUUUCAGCUGAUCUAAUGCGACUGUAUAAAGACUUUUAAUAUUCAUUAUAAAGUGGUGUUUGUGAGAGUAACUGGCUCAGAAUGGUGGUUUCAAUUCAGUCUACUGACUUCAAAGAGUCCUUUGACGAGGUGUUGGACGAUGGAAUCAGUAGAGUUCUUAACCAGUAUAACUCAUGGAGACACGAAAGAGACAAAAUCGACAAAAGUCCACAACUGUACGACGCCGGAGCCGAGGAAUUGAUGCGUGAAAACCUAAUCUCGAAAGUGAUCGGCAUCCAGCAAAUGUUCGAGAAGCCGAAAGGACCUCGACUGCGAAACUUAUGGACGGAUAGACGAAUGAAACUCAUCAAAAACAUGGGCCAAAUUCAAUCUAUUCUGAAAUCUAUGAAAGAAAAACCAAAAAAGAAAAAGAAGAAAAAACCAAAAGUUAUCUUACCACCUGUAGUUGAAAGCGAGAAGCCCAAACCACUUCCGGAAGGGUUUGUAAAUUUCUCCAAAUUGUUGCCGCGAGUCGACCCGAAGACGAUGGAGACGCGAAGCUUCACGUGGUCGAGGGAAAGAGAUACCUGUCUGAUUGAUAAAUACGUGGGCCAAGAGCACAUGAAGGAUCAAGCUUUGAGGGAACAUACUUUGGGAAUAAAGCCAAUUUUGAAAAUCGACUUCUUUGAAGACAUUUCCUUCCCAUUAACUCCAACCUGGACAAAACUGCCUAUUUCUAAACACGACUUGGAAGACGAAAGAACUCCUGGCCAUUCGGCAGACCACAAACAUCGAGACCCAAACAGACUUCUGCCUGUAAGUAGAGCUGGAUCCAGAAUGUCCGUCGUGAAAUCUAGACAUCCUUCCAGACAAAACUCAGCGCGAGACAGUUUGUCUAGACAGAGCAACCGCCGCAAGAUGUCGAUGAACAAAUUAAAUCCCGAUUUUGACAUGCUCCAAAGAAAAAUGUCUGAAUCGAAAUCUAGAAAGAAUUCAAUUGCGAUGAGUAAAAAAAAGAGUCUACCUGUUCCUGGACUUCAUUUCAAUGUCAUUGACGAGGAAACUGAUUUCAAUCGUUCGGAUUCCGAGAGUAUGGCGUCGCCAAUACACGCUCAAGAUUUCCAGAUGCUCUACCAAUUUUCGGGGAUGUCGCCUUUUGGAAUAAGUCGGAGGGGAAGUCAAGUCUCGAACAGGUCUGGGAUGAAAGGGGAGGGAGAAGCGGAUCAAGGCGAGCAUGGGGACACUGGUGAACCGCGGCUGGAAGUUGACACGGAGCGAUACUAUAGACAUUGGUGCAAGAAACAGAAAACGAAGCAGAAGCUGAAGUUUUUCGAAGUGUCCGAAGACGACAGCAGCGACCACGAAAUCACCAGUGAAGACCUGAACGAGAGACAUUCAGACCUCAAAUCACCGCCGCCCAAAUGCGGACUGUCGUUACAUGAGAGUUUUCUCGCGUACAAUCCAGAAGACAGCCACACAAAAAGAGAAAUCGAGAAGCUCAGACGAAGGAAACUUGAUGAACUGUUUUUGGGGCUGAAGAAGUUUGCUGUGCGAAAUAUAGACAGUUGAAGCAACUUUUACUGCUAGAUAGAAAAAUGAUAAAAAUAACUGAUAAACUACAGGGUCUUUGAGAUAAAGUUCUUGAAAUUAAAGUAGAAUUUCUCAUGAAGUAUUUGAGCUGAGGUACUGGAAGUUUGGCACUGUGAAUUUAACAUAUUGAAAUU